AUGUAUCGCAUGAUUAAUGUACAACAAUCUGAUCAAGGAUUGCAACGCAUCAUCUGGAGAGAAUCAGAAAAUGAUCCAAUUCAAACAUUUGAAUUGACAACCGUUACGUACGGGACCUCAGCAGCACCAUACCUUGCCACUCGCUGUUUGCAAAGGCUGGCAGAGGACGGAGACAAAUCGCAUCCUGUAGCUGCUAAGGUUCUUAAAAAGGAUUUUUAUGUGGAUAACAUGAUCACCGGUGAUAGUAGCGUGAAGGAAGGAAGGAGCUUGAUAAGGGAAAUGAACAACUUGCUAGACAGCGCAGGAUUUAUUCUUCGAAAAUGGAAUUCGAAUUUUCCGAGGUGGAACACAUCGGCCAUCGUUACCAAACGAGUUAUUUUGUCCGACGCAUCUAAACUCUUCGAUCCGCUUGGACUUGUCGGUCCUGUUAUAGUUCAAGCCAAAAUAUUUAUCCAAACGCUGUGGAAGCUAAAUUGCAAAUGGGAUGAACCACUUAUGAAGGAAUUCCAAGACUUUUGGCAAGAAUAUAGGCGAAACCUGAUCGCUCUCGAUUCUCUGACUGUGCCGCGAUGGGUUGGACCACGCCAAGAUUGUGUAAGUGUCGAACUGCACGGCUUUUGUGAUGCCUCGGAAAGGGCGUAUGGAGCAUGCUUUUACCUUCGUUGCGUCUCAUCCGACGGAUCUGUUGCAGUACGCCUGCUAAUGUCAAAGUCAAGAGUCGCUCCACUUGAUGAACCAAAGCGAAACAAACGUAAGGAAUCAAUACCUCGACUGGAACUGUCAUCGGCGCUGUUACUCAGUCAUCUAUUCCAAAAGUUCAGAAGCAACAUCCCAACUACUACGAUGCCACAUUUCUGGACAGAUUCCAAAAUUGUCCAGUGCUGGUUAGCUUCGUCGCCAUCACGAUGGCAAGCCUUCGUUGGGAACAGGGUGUCUGAAAUACAGCAUAUCACAAGAUGCGGCGUUUGGCAUCAUGUACCUGGUACUGAAAACCCAGCAGAUAUUUUAUCCCGUGGAAUGACUCCGGUGCAGCUCCAGUAUCAGGCAAUCUGGUUCGAUGGUCCGCUAUGGAUGCGUCAAGAAACCCCUACGUGGCCUGUGAACGAUGAUGUCAACUUCGAACAGUUCGAAUCAGCCGUUUUAGAAGAACGUAGUGUAGUGUCAUUAGCUCUGCAAGCACAACCUCCAAGCGAAUUAUUUUCCUUAUAUUCAUCGUUCCCAAAACUCAUUCGCAUAGUUGCACUCAUUCGUCGGUUCCGCUAUAAUGCGACAGAAAUCAACAGAGGCAGUAGAAUGAUUGGGCUGAUUAGUACAGAGGAGUAUGAUAAGGCUGUUAUUCAUUUAGUCCAACUGUCCCAGCGAGAAAGCUUCAGCCAGGAACUGCUCGAUUUGGCAAGAAAUGAUGAGGUUCGAGAGUCAUCAAAAAUCUGUUCGCUACGUCCAAGGUUAGUGGACGGCAUCAUGCAUGUUGGCGGCCGGCUGAGGGAUGCGCCUGUGUCAGAUAGUAGAAAACAUCCGAUGAUAAUUCACCACAAUCAUCCUCUUGCAAUGUUGAUACUCGCCCACUAUCACACGAAGCUAUACCAUGCUGGACAACAGCUACUCAUUGCGCGCGUUAGAGAACGAUACUGGCCAACGCGAAUUCGGGAUUUAGCUCGGAAAUUGAUACAUGGCUGCAUCUCGUGCUUUCGCGCAAGACCACGACCUCUAGAUCAGUUAAUGGCGGACCUACCAGCAGAAAGAGUAACACCAGCACCACCUUUUCUACAUGUCGGCGUGGACUACUGUGGACCGUUUUUAUUCACCUAUGCGAAUCGUCGGAGCAGCCCUAAGAAGUGUUUCGUGUCCAUAUUCGUCUGCCUCGUCACAAAAGCGGUACAUCUGGAACUGGUGCAAGAUUUGACUACAGAAGCGUUCUUAGCUGCGCUUAAGCGCUUUGUAGCCCGGCGAGGGCAUCCAACAGUCAUGAUGUGUGACAACGCGAAAAAUUUUGUGGGAGCCAAUCGAGAGCUAGAUGAACUCCGAAGGCUCUUUGAAGGUCAACAGUUUCAACACGUGAUAACGAGAGAAACAGCCGUCGAACGGAUUGAAUUUAAGUUCAUCCCUGCUAGAACGCCCAAUUUUGGUGGGCUAUGGGAAGCUGCCAACGAUAUCACCGACAUCACUGUCGUUGGAAUAAUCUACAAUCUUCAGUAG